GUUACUAUCCCAUUCAACAGUACUACACCUGUACCUGUAGACUGUCCAAUGCCUGUGGGGUUGUGAGGAUUCCACCGACCACCCCAACUCCUGCCACCACCACAACCACACCCACAACAACAACAACACCAACUACAACAACCACAACACCAACAACCACCACCACAACGCCAACUACCACCACAACCACACCUACUACAACGACAACAACCCCUACCACCACAACGACAACACCAACCACCACUACAACUACAACAACUACCACAACCACACCAACUACCACAACAACGCCAACGACAACAACAACAGGAAGAAUCACCGGUACAUCAGGCUCACUGUGUGCCCCAAAGACCUCGUUCCGAGUGCUGAACGGUGAGUCCGUGAUCAACGAUUGCACGUUCGCGGGCGUGAGUAGGAUCAUCGUGCCCCUCACAGGGUUCAGCACGUGCAACGCCGCCUACACCGCGGCCACCAUCAAUGGCGUCACGCAGAACGCUUUCGUCACUUCCGAGAGUUGCACCAAGGCCAUGGACGCCGCGCUCAACGCCCCUGGAGCCUCCUUGUA